AUGGCAAGCACAAUAACAAUGACGAGUACAACAAACAUGACAAAUACAACAACAAUGACAAGCACAACUACAAUGCCAAGCACAACAACAAUGACAACCACAACAACAGUGACCAGCACAACAACAAUGGCCAGCACAACAACAACGGUCAGCACAACAACAACGGCCAGCACAACAACAAUGGCUAGCACAACAACAGUGACAAGCGCAAUAACAAUGGCAAGUACAACAACAAGGACAAGUACAACAACGAUGCCAAGCACAACAACAGUGACCAGCACAACAACAACGGCCAGCACAA